ACCCCGGAAGUGGCCGUCCGGGCGGCGGGCGACGUUCGUCACUUGGUGCGGGAGGGAGCGCGAGCGCAGCGGUCGAGCCCCCGGUGUCCCAGACCCAGGCCAUAGGUGAGCAUGGCUGAGCAGGAGCCCACAGCUGAGCAGCUGGCCCAGAUCGCAGCUGAGAACGAGGAGGAUGAACACUCAGUCAACUAUAAGCCCCCUGCCCAGAAGAGCAUCCAGGAGAUCCAGGAGCUGGACAAAGACGACGAGAGCCUGCGCAAGUACAAGGAAGCCCUGCUGGGCCGUGUGGCUGUCUCUGCUGACCCCAACUGCCCCAACGUCAUUGUGACCCGUCUGACCCUAGUGUGUAGCACAGCCCCUGGCCCACUGGAGUUGGAUCUGACAGGUGAUCUGGAAAGCUUCAAAAAGCAGUCCUUCGUGCUCAAAGAGGGUGUGGAAUACCGGAUAAAAAUCUCUUUCCGGGUGAACAGGGAGAUUGUGUCUGGCAUGAAGUAUAUCCAGCACACCUACCGGAAAGGUGUCAAGAUUGACAAGACUGACUACAUGGUGGGGAGCUACGGGCCGAGGGCAGAGGAGUACGAGUUCCUGACACCCAUGGAGGAAGCACCCAAGGGCAUGCUGGCUCGGGGCAGCUACAACAUCAAGUCCCGCUUCACAGAUGAUGACAAGACUGACCAUCUGUCCUGGGAAUGGAACCUGACCAUCAAAAAGGAAUGGAAGGACUGAGGCCUGGCUGGGAGGUGGGCAGGGUAGACGGACAGACGGAUGGACGGACGAACAUGACCCUCCCCAUAUUCCUCCCCACCCCAAACCAAAGUGCUGACAGGGCCCCUCCCCACCACCUCCAUCCCCCCUCGGUCCAUCUCUGGAGAGCUCCUCCACCCACCUGUUCCCUGCCCUUCUGCCCAUAGGCCCCUAUGGUCUCUAGUGUCACGUUGCUGCUUCUGCCUGUGCCGUGUUGGGGUGGGGGGCUCCAGCCCGACCUCCCCCCAUUUCUGUCUCCAGGUUCCCUGGCUGUGAUCUCCCCCAGGCCCAGACUAGGCCCUGGCUCUCAG